AUGGUAUAUGGUUCCGCCCGUUCAUCUGUUCUGAGGCGUCUAGAUCCAGUCCACCAUUCAGCUUUGCGUAUCUGUUCUGGUGCAUUUCGUACCUCUCCGGUUGAAAGCCUCUAUGUCAUAUGUCAUCAGCUACCCCUUUGCUUAAGGAGGCAGAAAUUAUCUGCUCAGUUUUAUUUCAGAACUAAAUCUGUUUCAAAACACCCCUUAAGCAAUAUGGCACUACCAGUAGGUCUGCGUCGAUUGUAUAAUGCCCGUCCUUCGCACAUACUUCCCUUUUAUGAUAGAGUCAAAUUGCUGCUGCAUGACUCGGAUCUCAAAGACGUUCAUAUUAAAGCAGUUGAUUCCUUUUGCUUCCCUCCGUGGGAUAUCCCGCGUUUUUCCUUUUUGAACCCCUUUACAGGAUUCGAUAAAUCCUUAACUGCACAUGUUGUUUUUCAGCAGCUGUUUUUAUAUCACCGCCAUCAGUAUUCAUCUUUUGUGCCUAUUUUCACGGACGGCUCGAAAACAGAUGGACAUGUUGGAUGUGGCAUUGUGUUUCCAUCUGAGACAUUGAGUCACCGUCUUCAUAAUUGUUGUUCCGUUUAUACUGCUGAGUUAAUGGCAAUUUUCUGUGCUCUUCAGAAAAUUUCGGCUGCUACUCAGUAUAAUAUCAUUAUUUAUUCUGAUAGCAUGAGUGCUCUAAAAGCACUUUCUAAUUAUCACAACAGAAUGAAUCCAAUUGCUAUUCGAAUUUUGUUUAUGUAG